AACUGUCUGCCAGGAUGUGCAACCUGUUCUCCUCUGAAUGGCUGUCUGUCCUGUAAGCCUCGCUUCUUCUUCCACCUGGUGCUGGAGGGGAUCCGGCAGAGGGGCGUGUGUCUUACCUCCUGUCCUCGGGGUCACUAUGGCGUGCGCUCUCCACACGUCAGUGUUUGCAUCAAGUGCAAACCAGACUGUGCCUCAUGCUUCAGCGAGCAUUUCUGCACACGGUGUCACCCGGGUAGCUUCCUGUUCCAAGGGAAAUGUGGAAACAGCUGUCCAAAUGGAUUGGCAGCCAUUACAGAGCUCAGAGAGUGUGCAGAGUGUCCUGCAGGCUGUGAGCUGUGUGUGAGCAGGAAUGCAUGCGAGAGAUGCAGAGCAGAUAUGUACCGUCUGCACGGCCUCUGCCACCACACCUGCCCAGGAGGGUUCAUGCCUGACCUGCAGCUCAUGCGGUGCAACCCUCAAACAUGGCAGGGUGUGAAGGAGUGGAUUUUUCCAAUGCAAAGUUGAAGGGGAAAGCUAAAGAAGGCUCCACUACCCCAGAGUGUGCUAUCUGCCUGCAGAGCUGCGUUCAUCCCGUCUGUCUCCCUUGCGCCCAUGUCUUCUGCUUCCUGUGUGUAAAAGGCGCCUCCUGGCAGAGCAAGCGCUGCGCUCUCUGCCGACAGGAGAUCCCAGAAGACUUUUUGGAGCGACCGGUCCUCCUUUCUCCUGAAGAACUCAAAGCAGCAGCUGCAGGGCUCGGUGGGAGUGAGUCCCGUGGGGUCUACGCGUGGUACUACGAGGGCCUCAACGGCUGGUGGCAGUAUGACGGGAGGACCAGUGGAGAGUUGGAAGAAGCCUUUUUGAAGAACAAGAAAAGCAUUGAGAUGCUGAUUGCAGGCUUUCUGUAUGUGGCCGAUCUAGAGAAUAUGGUGCAGUAUCGCAGGAAUGAGCAUGGCCGUAGACGCAAAAUAAAGAGGGAUGUGGUGAAUAUCCCCAAAAAAGGAGUGGCAGGACUGAGGUUGGAAGCUCCUUCCAUCCCUACUUUAGCGGCUGUUGCCUCUGCGACAGUAGAACGCAUUAGCUCUGCUGAUGGAUCGGACACUGAAGGUCAGCCACAGUCUUCAUCUGUUGGAAUCAUAGCUUCUGUUACUCCUAUUAGACCCCAAACCCUGUUGGGACGCCACCUUAUCAGUCCUGCGUCUACAGCCCCUUCCUCCUUGGAACAGGUUUUCUCCCAGCUUCUAAUCAACCAGCCAGAGGGCGAAGAGGUGGAGGGUGACGAUGACUCACAGGCAUAUGAGAUUGCAUCAGGAAGUAGUGAUAUCGAAGAAGACUGUGACGAAGGGGGAGUAGAUUCUGCAGCACGGAGAAAACGCAGGCAUUGUCCGCUAAGAGAGAGUCAGCCAACCAGAAUCUCUCCUAGAGGAGGGCCGCCGAGCUCCGCCGUCAUCCCCCGCUGCCGCAGCCCAGACGGCAGUGCAGUGUGAAGAAAUGGUCCAUCCGGGAUUCUUCUGAGGAACUCCGAGCGAUCAUCCAGCCAAAGAAAUAUACAUUUUACACCACACCUGAAAGGAGCAUUCUUCAUUGCGUGCCAAAUAUAAUCUUCAUUUAAAAAUG